CACACUGAAAUGCAAACUCCCAGCUUUGGUGCCCAUGUCAAAUAAGUAAAUGUCCCACUCCUUCCUCCAGCCUUCCCUCAGCCAUCCCACCGCCCAGGUCCUGCCAAGGGGAGCAGCAGCUUCACAGCUGAGAUACAGCUCCUCGGCCACACUGAAAUGCAAACUCCCAGCUCUGUGCCCACGUCAAAUAAGUAAAUGUCCAAGCAUGAACCAGGGUGAAAUAAUGAUCCUAAUUUACUCUGCUUUCUUCUACCGGUCUCUUCCUUGGCUCCUGUGGUGUUUCCUCCAUUAACUACCAGGAACCAGUAGGAACGCUUGAACAAUUAACAACUAGCAGGCUUUUUUAAAAUUAUUAGAGUCAUUUAAACAGUCCUGAAAAGGGUGAGAAUGUUGGAACAUUGUCAUUUUAAAAGCCUGAGCUACACUGAGUUUAGGGGAAGAGGAGGUGCUGCUGAAGCAGUAGCACUUUAUAAGCACUUAAUUGUUUGGCUUGACUCUUUCUGUGUUUCUCACAAAAUUCAGCACACAGUGGAAAGGCAAACAUGGUGAAAAACAAGCAUUUCUUCUGGAAGGCUGGGGUUUCACAGGGAAAAAAAUCCUGAAGAGAAGGAUAAAGAAUUGCUGUGGGCUUUGCUCCUGCACUUAAUUCUUAUGGAUCUUGCCCAUGUGCUACUUGGGCAGCCCUUGCUGGUGCCUGGUAGUCUUGCAGAUGCCUACAGAAGAUCAAAAUGCACACAGUGCUACAGGCCUCCUCACCCCACCUGCUCAGCCAGAGCCCAGCAGCGAGCCAAGGCACUACUGUGCCACCACAGUGACACAAGGGGCUCAAGGCACCCCCUGUGACUUACUGGAGGGCCCCUUGUCCCCAGGAAUGGCACUGUGGUGCUCACAAAGGUGUAGGAAAAGCCGUGGGCAUGGAUGUGCAGAGCCACUGAGAGCCACAGGCACUGCUCUUUCCCACCCGAUGGGGAUGCCCGUGCUGGCCUCCUGAGCUCUUGUUGGUGCUUUUCCGGCCUGGCUGCCAGCCUGGAAAACAAAGUUCCCAACCAAAGCAAGAGCAAGUGGGGAGGAACACGGAGAACAGCUCUGACAUUCCUGCCUGCCUCCAGCAAUGUUUCCAGAGCAAUAGGGCUGCAGAGGCUGGGCCUGCUGAGCUCCCAGAUGAAUAGAAGCAAUGGACAUGCUACUGCAGCAGCGUAAUAGCCUUCAGCAAAGGAAUUAGAGCUCAGCCAUAGUGCAGCAAAUCUCCCCGGUUAAAAUCCCUUCCCCAGUCCCGUUAGUACAAGUACCAAAGAACUGCAACUUCCCUCUCUGUGAGCCUCUUUUAGACCCAGGCUUUAUAUCCUGCAAGCAGAGGAUGGGAUUUUACCAAGGGGGAUUUUCUUGAAGCAGGAGGACUGAAGAGUACUGCCGCUCACCAAGGCCAGCCAGGAAAGGACGGAGCAGCGGGUGAUCUGCCAAAGCUUCCUACAGCCACAUCCACCAGCACUAAGCUGUCUCAUUGCAAGGGUGGAUGCUGGAAGAAGUGGAGGACCAGAGCAGAAGAUACACAAACUGCACAGGAUAUUUCCAGAAUGUAUGGGAUUCACAGCUGAUUGCUCUAAAUGCAGAUUUCUGUUUCAACAGGUGCUGAAGGCUAAGAUUGGUGUCCUGAAAGAGAGCUCAUGUUUUGCUUCCAUUAAUUUAACUUUAUUUGGACUUCUGAAUCAAUCCUUCCCUCACCUUCCCAGCCACUUACAGCAGAAGGGACCUCCAAACCCCUCAGCAGGAUGAACAAGACCAAGGGAGCUUUUGAUAGCCCAGAACUUUGGAGCCCAGGUUGCACGCAGAGCAGCACCUCCCUGAGCAGUCUGGCACCACCCUUUGCAUUUGGACAGCAGGCUAUGGACACAGCCCUGAACGUAAUCCUUAUCACUGUCCUCCUGGUCAUCAUGGUGUCUCUGGGAUGUACAAUGGAGAUAGCCAAGAUCACAACUCACCUCAGGAGACCUAAAGGUGUGGCAAUAGCCAUAUUGGCUCAGUACAGUAUCAUGCCUUUGACAGCAUUCAUAUUAGGCAAGCUCUUCCAGCUGGGCACCUCAGAAUCCCUGGCCAUCCUCAUCUGUGGCUGCUGCCCAGGGGGAAACCUCUCCAACAUCUUUAGCCUGGCACUGAGAGGGGACAUGAACCUCAGUGUUGUAAUGACUGCAUGCUCCAUGGUCCUGGCAACUGGAUUAAUGCCACUGCUUCUGUACCUUUACUCGGGAGGACUGUAUGAGGGUGAUUUGGAGGGCAAGGUACCUUACAAAGGAAUAAUCACCUCCCUGGUGCUGAUGCUAAUCCCCUGUGCCAUCGGCAUCAUCUUGAAUGAGAGGAAACCACAGUACACUGGCCUUAUCUCCAAGGCAGGGAUGGUUAUGCUUCUACUGUCAUCUGCUGUCAUAAUUGUUCUGUCUGUGGCCAAUAUGGGAAGCUGUAUCAUGGUUGUCUUCUCACCACCUCUCCUGGGAACCUCUGCCUUAAUGCCACUUACUGGAUUCCUGCUGGGCUACGCUGUCUCUGCAGCCUUCAAGCUUGAUGACCGGUGCAGGCGGACAGUGUGCAUGGAAACUGGCAGCCAGAAUGUACAGCUUGGCUCAGCUAUCCUCAAGGUCACCUUUGCCCCAGAGAUCAUUGGCCCCCUGUACUUCUUCCCACUACUCUACUUGCUCUUCCAGCUUGGAGAAGGAUUUCUGCUCAUCCUGGUCUUUCGGAUCCAUGACAGGAUAAAGCAAGCCAACGAUGGAGCAAAAAUUAUCUGUGCAGGUGUGGACACAUUUAGUGCUCAAGAAAUGAAAUCAGUGUCAAGACAUUGCAGAAACAGUGGAAAACCGGGAAAACAAUGUAUGGAUUCUACAGCAGUUGCUCUCACAACCCUCCAAGCUCUACCUUCUGCAGCCAGCUCAUAGGUGUCCAGCUCUUCUGUCAACUUACCAGUAUGCGCACUUCACAGCAGCCACAGCCAUCUGCACCCACACUGUUAUUCCCCAAAGACCUUGCUCCAGACUAAGCCUCGUUCUGUCAGCUCAGAAAGGAGACUUUCACUGACUUUCAAAGUCAUUGUGACAACCCUCUGGGACAGCUGAAAAACAUGACAAGUGACUGUCCCCGUUUUACCUACAAGAAAAUCACUGUGUACAUCAGUUGCCUUUCUUAAUUUCACUUACCUGUAACUGCAUGGAAGCAGGUCCUGACAUUAAUGUACUUUCUCUAACAGGCCCAGAAUGAGCUGUGAAAGUUCCUCCGUGCAGAAGCCAGUGAGAUCAAAUGCACAGCCAAGCAGCCCAUGGGCUGUUGGUUUCUCCCAUUGUCCAACAGGUAUCACUGAUCCCCCAGAGCAGAGGCCACACAAACCAUGAUCGUGGCUACACAAACUGCCUUUGUAUGCCGAGUUUGGGCCCAGCAAGCUGUACCUCCAACACCAGAUGAACUUUAAAUGUGCCUUCUUUUGUAGCAGUCUGAGAACUCAACACCACACCUGUUCUAGACACCACCUGGGUAUGGUCACACUACCCACACAGCACCAGGAAAGCUGGCAUCAGCAUCUCCAAUGUCCACACUAUGCCUUGUAACCCAAAGUAGUUCAUCUUAAUUAAGACUAAACCGGUUUGUAUCAAGAACCUACACUAAAUAAACUGCAAUUUCUUAUGCCAGAAAUCAACAUAAGCCUCUAUACUGCAAAGCCUGGGAGUUUAAUAGAAAGCUCAUACAACAGCCAGCUCCCCAGGGAAAAUGCAGGCACCUGCUCAUGCUGCUUGCACGGCAAGUAAGCGGUGCGGUCUAGAAACACAAUCCAGAACAACUAUUUAUAGAGCAGAUAAUACUCACAUUUAGCCUGACAGAAGUCUGUGAUCCCUUUCAUCACAUCAAGUGCCUUCAGCCACCUGGGUUCCAGCUGAAGCCAAGUCCCAGUUGGACACAGAUGCCCAUCAUCAUCUAAGUUAGUAGGAUCAACUGACUUGAGAUCUCUACACAGCUGACCUUCCACCCUUAUGAGCGUGAAGGCUGUUUUACCCCUGCAAGUUACAGCCCUCUUGCUACACACCUCUUGGGGUGAUCCAGCAUCUGCACCACUAUGGCUCUGAGAAUGAAGCCUCCCAUUCCCCAGAGUUGACUGGCAACAACCCAGUUAACUGUGGAUCCUACCCCCUCUAAGGCCUGCUCUCAGCCCAACACACUGACACCUCAACAGACAGACCCACGCAGUACAAGAGCUCCUCCUCCUUCCUUAGCUUGGCACCAGAGACCUCUGCAGCAGCAGGGAGAAAGGGCACCAGGGCUGCAGAGGCCAAUGCCCAACCUCCCACAAGGCCAGACCUUGCUGCACUUUCUACAAUCUAUCCAAAUCUGAGCCUAGCCUUUUUAAAGGUUUCUACAGAUUGCUACAAUAGCUUUGUAAACCACUUUAUGAGAAAACACAUUUUUUAAAAAAUUUAAUUCCUAAGUUCUUGUGGUUGAGGGCUUGAGAAAUACAGGGACUGCAGAGGACUGCUGCCACUGGAAGGCACAAACACUAAAAGACAGAACCUCAUGGUACUACUGCUGCAUUACUCCCACCCAUUGACUUAAAAAUCCCUCUUCCCUCAGAAUGAGGACUAAUGCUUACAAAAAUGGUUUAUCUACACUUCAGUGUUCUCAUACGAACAUGCACAAAUACACCAAUGAAGAAUGCUGUCUACAUCUGUCUUUACCACUCCACACUUCUUAUCCCAAGUCAUUAAAAGCUGAAUGACUCAUCCACUCCACUUUCUGCUAGGAACUGUGACAGCCUGAUUAUCCAUGUUCUUAUUUCAGAACAGACACAGCCAAGGACAUCACACAAUGUAUUUAGAAGGAUUCUAAUUCUCAUCCCUGCCCAAAACAGUUAUUACUUGGGCACAGCUCCAUCUUUAAGAACAAUUUUAAGUUUUAAAAUGUUCACAGUCACAACCACUUUAUGAACACCAAGAAACAAAGUAGAGGCAGAAAUGUUUCUUUAUACUUUAUUUGAACUAUUUUAUUCUUAGGUAUCAAGAAAUAAGAGUGCUUUAUAGAAUAUUAUUACCACAGGGCAGUGAAAUGGGCAUUUUCUUAGUGUAGUGCAAGUCAUAUUAAAUGAAAAUAUUUUAAAAUAAAGUUUUAUUACCAGUACUGACCAGCACUUAAUCUGCUGGCCCAUAGCUGAAACAAUGUCUCAAAAGCACAAAAAAAUACCCUCUGAAAUAAAGCUUUAUGUACAGCACAUAUAGAGCUCUCUUAGAUGUCUAAAACUAUUAGUCAGAGACAUUAAUGCUUUUAGUUGCUAUUCACAGUUGAAUAUACUGAGAAUUAAGUGUUCAGAUGACUUUAAAGUACAAAAAAAUUUGUCUUCUUUAGUUAUAAAGAGCUCUGCCAAUAUACACAAACUAUACACUUCAGACAUUCACAAAAAAAUGUGAGCAAGAAAAGGGUUAUCAAAAACAUUUAAUACAAUUAGUCAAUAACCCUUCCCACCAUGGUCCACAUCUACAAAGUUCCCCCUUCCCUCCCCUCUCCCCAUCCAAACCCUUUCCCACAGAAAGUCACAUACUUACCAAAGUUUUAGCAAGUAUGGUUUAAAAAAGAGCCCGCUGGGCAAGUUACUUAUAGUUCAGUUGCCACUGUCAACAGAUCUGGACCUUGAUCUAGACCUCUGCCGGUCUACGGAUGACGGAGAUUUGGAUCUGCUGGAAGAAGCACGUUUCUGGCUCUUGUGCGGCAGGGGAGAUCUGCUGACUGACCGCGACUUGCUGCGGCUCCUGCUGCGGGACCUGCUGUAGGACUUGCGGCUGCGGGACCGCGAGCGGCUGCGGGACCCGGAGGAGCUCCUGCUGCGCGACCGCGAGCGGCUCCUGGACCUACUGAGGAGUCCAGAGGAGCGCCAGUCAGCGCCAGCUGCGGAACCGCACGGCCCCAGGCAGGCCAGGCACAGCCCCCAGCUCGCCUUUGCAGUCAGCGACUUCAAAGGUUCUCAGGGAAUGUUUAAGCAUUAUUAAGAGAGUAGAAAUCCAUACCUGUGCCUUUUGCUGCCUUCAAUUAGUUUGAUUUUCCUUCCAUUAAUUUCUUUACCAGAAAGCUUUUCGAUAGCAUUCUUUAAAUCACUGUAAGAGGCAAAUUCAACCACCCUAUGGAAAAAACAAACAAACAAACAUAAAGCUCACUAUUACAAGUAGUAGUUACCAAUACAAACAAAAUUUACACUG